AUGUCUACACAUAACAUCGCCUUCACUGCCCCCAUCAACCCCGCUGGCGCGAGCCCAAAGCUCCACCAAGACCAAAUUUGGGCGGGGCUUCGCCUAAAAGUCCGAUCUGCAGAAACCUUCGUCCCGAAAGCCAUCCAAGCCACCACUGUGAUCUCCGACUCAAUAGAUCCAACCACGGGGAACGAAGUCACUGUUCGCGAGGUCAUUUUCGUUGAAGAUCAGCGCAAAGUCCAGGAGACAGUCACAGCGUACAAGCCUUCCAGGGCCGUCUUUGUCCAGCCUGAUGGCAGCACCAUUGUCAAUAUCGUUAGCGAGGGCGCUAACGGGGAGCUCUACAUGACCUACACCUUUGAAUGGAGACAUCCAGGGGCCUCCAAGGAGGAACUCGCAACAUUUUUGGAGAAGGAGAAGAAUAUGAGUAGGAUGGCUGUGGAGGGGACGGUUACUGUUCUGCGGGAAUUGGCCAAGAAUGGGAAGAUCUGA